GUACGCGAAGGCAGCAUAUGUCUACUCGGUGGUGCUGUGAUAUUGAGAGGUCAUACAUUUUCAAAAACCAGGGAGUUAAGAGCAGUGUUGUACGUUUGUGCCUGAGCACUAAUCAAAAUUUCUGAGUGAAGAAGCCAGGAUGUCAGAAGAGGUGUCCCGCAACAUAAACAUCAAGGAGCCAAGAUGGGACCAAGGCACGUUCACGGGCCGCGCCAAGCACUUCUUCAUGGUCACGGACCCCAGGAACGUCCUGCUGUCCUCUGAGACUCUGGAGGAGGCCAGAGUGACUGUGGAGAACUACAGAGCUGGGAUCGUGAAGCCUGGUCUGACGGAGGAUGAGCUCUGGAGAGCCAAAUACAUCUAUGACUCUGCCUUCCACCCCGACACAGGGGAGAAGAUGUUUGUGAUUGGCAGGAUGUCUGCUCAGGUGCCAAUGAACAUGUCCAUCACAGGCUGCAUGCUCACCUUCUACAGGACUACUCCAGCAGUGGUGUUUUGGCAGUGGGUUAACCAGUCCUUUAACGCCGUCGUCAACUACACCAACCGCAGUGGAGACGCACCCAUCACCGUGAACCAGCUCGGUGCAGCCUACGUCAGUGCAACAACUGGAGCCGUAGUCACUGCACUGGGACUCAAGUCUCUAGCUACGCGUCUCCCUCCAAUCAUCAGCCGGUUUGUCCCUUUUGCUGCUGUUGCUGCUGCUAAUUGUAUCAACAUUCCCUUCAUGAGGCAGAGGGAGUUAAAGUACGGUAUCCCUGUAACUGAUGAGAAUGGAAACCGGUUAGGAGAGUCUCCAAAUGCUGCCAGACAAGCCAUCGUGCAGGUGGUGGUGUCGAGGAUUGGGAUGGCGAUGCCUGCAAUGGCCAUUCCCCCUGUCAUAAUGAAUGCUCUGGAGAAGAGAGCUUUCAUGAAGCGGUUCCCAAUUCUUAACGCUCCAGUCCAGGUGGGACUAGUCGGUUUGUGCCUGGUGUUUGCAACUCCUCUGUGCUGCGCCCUGUUCCCUCAGAAAAGCUCUAUGAGUGUUAGCGGGCUGGAAGAAGAUCUGCAAGAAAGGAUACGAAAGACCAGUCCUCACAUCACCACUGUCUACUUCAACAAAGGCCUGUAGGAGCAGCCAGCAAUGCAUAUGUUGAGAGAGACACACACACACACACACACACACAUCCACAUUGUGCUAUGGAUUCAGUUGGAAGGGUGAAAUAAAAUAUAUUUGCAGGGUUGGUUUUUUUUUGUUGUUGUUGUUUUGUUUUGUUAAGGCUCUUUUUUUUCAGGAUUUACUGACUUUGAAAAGAAUGACCACUGAAUGUUGUCUGUAUAUAGAUGGCGCUCUUGAGGGAAGAGCGCCAUCUAUAUACAGUUUAUUGUUUUGUGGUGUGUUUUCUGUCUUCUGCUGGUCACAGCUGAGCUUUUGGAUGGCUAUUCAUGAAGUUACUGAUUUGUCCUCGACCCGCCAAUAUCUUGCGUUGCAUUCAGGUUCAUUUCUGAUUCAGUUAAAAUGAAGACUCUUGCUUAUUGAUCAUGUGUGUAACUUCUUCUGAAUGUAACAGUCUUUUCUUCCUUGUGCUCCCACUCUUUCCAGUGUAUAUUCCAGUGUCAUAUAUUUUACACUGACCAUUUUGUUAAAGCUUGAGGCCACCAACUCAGUUGCCCCAAGAAAACGGUAUAUUAAGUCGCUCUAAAUAGCCCGACUCCUGUUGAAGUUCCUGUUUUGUUGUACCAUGCCUGUUGUUACCCAGUGCAGCUUCUUACCCUCGUCUACUCUCCUCUAAGUGUACUUAUGCCCUUCAUAUUCUUAGUCAAAGUAAUGAGGUGCUCAGUACCUGUGGCAAAGAUCUUUAUAUAGCAAAUAGCACAUCCUAUAUCAGUCAACACUACAAACUGUGGUUCUCAUCAGCAUAAAUAUGUACUGUGACAGCCUGGUUUUUUUUUCCUUCUUAAAGGUGAUGGUGCUUUUAAGUAGUGGCAUCUGGUGGAAAGAGGAUACUGUGUUGUGUGUACAUGAGGAAGUAGAAAUGCUGUUGAUAAGGAUCUUAAAUGUAUUGCUGCUGUUAUGUGAAUACUAACUCACAGUUUGGAGGGGGGUUUUUUUUAGUUUUUUUUUUUAGUGUUUGCACCUGACCUGAAGUGGGCUGGGAGACAUCAAAACAGCCAGAUUGUCAAAAGCGUGAGAGCCACUGAUGUCCUGUUGAACCAAAGGACAGUAAUAAAUGUUGUGUAACAGGUCAAAAUAGUAAAUUCCUGGUUAUAGGUCAUGGUAGCUGUGCACAGUGUUUGUUGCUGCUUUGUUAAUCUGGACAGCUUGGCCGAGUUUGAGCAUCUUUGAUCAACAGUCAUUCACAUUGUUGACCAAGCUCUCCAAACGCAGUGUCUCCAGUGUGGUUAGAUAGUGAUGAUGGUGUCUUAGUGGUGUAAAAAUAAUUAUAUUUUUCUUGGAUAUAUUUAUGUAGAAAGCACAUAUAAUGUAGAAGCUACGAAGCACAUUUUUGAGGGAUUUUAGAGAUUUAAAUUAAAAUGUAUGCCUCUGUUAGUGAAUGCAUCAGAUGGCCCCACAUAUGCACUUGGAAACAAUGUCCUCUCCUCUUGAUACAGGAGUGUGUGUGUGUGUAUAUGUAUGUAUGUAUGUGUGUGUAUAUAUAUAUGUAUAUAUAUAUGUGUAUAUAUGUAUGUGUAUAUGUGUAUAUGUAUACAUGUAUGUGUAUAUGUAUGUAUAUAUAUAUAUAUAUAUAUAUAUAUAUAUAUAUAUAUAAAAAAAUAACUUAUUGCAAAUGACUAGGAGCUUCUCCUGCUUCAAGACCGAUCAGUUCUCAGAUUAGAGGAGUGUUCCUAUAGUUUGAUUUAUCACUGUUGCAAAUUACCAGCUCGGAUUCAGUGUUAGUAUAAAGUGAUGUUUUGUGUAUGUUGGUUAAAAAUGUGACCACAGUAAGAUUGUAUAGAUCACCAAAAUUCUUCUCCAUUAAGACACUUAGAUGUAGUUGUGGACUUGUGACAGAUGUUGGGCGUUAAGGGACUGUAGUAACCGCACAGCAUUUGCAUUUUUGUGAAUGGACUUUUUGUACAGACACCAAUGCACAGUGAUUGUGUUAAUGUGCAAUUCCAACAUUCAGUAGCUUUAUUCACCAAAUGUUAGGAGAGUGUUGCUACUUGAAACUCAAAUGAAGGUGGACGUAGUGGGGGGUUUUUAACUAUUGGCUUUCUUGUUUUGGAGAGAAAUUGGCUUUUUAUAUGAACACUUCACUCCCUUUCAUCUCAUCCAUGUGAACAGAAGGCUUCUGUUUGAGUCCCCUGCUUGAAUUAGACACCGACAUGGGGUCACAUGCACUGCAGGACAGUGUUUCACACUUGGUAUCACUACUAUAGUCUAUAUGUAGAAGUGUUUGCAGUGCCCACUGAAGACCUUUUUGCUAUGAUGCUGACUGCAGCUACUGUGUGAUGUGUUUGCUGUGGUGCUGUAGGAAUUAACUGGAUUUGUGUUGCAGUUUUACAAGUGUUCAUUGAUGAUUGUGAGUCUUCAUCAUGCUGGAUAAUGCUGACUAAAUCGUGGCUUCGUGUCUGCUCAUUUUUAAUCAUUUGUGGUCUGCUAGCUUUCGUUGCUCGUAACCAAGUUGCUUUGUUCCCAUCUUUCUCCUUUUCUACUCGCGUUUUGGUGCACAAACGUUUAAGAACAAAACUGAGGGGUUUGAGUCGGCAUUCAGACACGUUUGGAAACUUUCAUCGUCCCAGCUUGUGACUGUGUUUUACCACCGUAUCAUGUCACACCUGUAGAGCCAGCCAAAGAUGAAACGGGUAAAGGACUGAGGAAGUGUGUAGCUUUUUAAAAGUUUUUGUUUCAGCUUUAGCAAAUGGACCUUUUGCCAUACUUGUGCAAAAACAGUUUGUUUUUUGUGUAUUUUAACACAAGUGGUCCUCUCCACCAAAUCCAUUGUCUUGAAUACAAAGCUACAAGUUUGAAAAUGUAAAGAAAGUCCAACACACACUUUAUUUUUGGAAUUCAUUUUUUUGCCAUUGAUUUUAUUGACAGUAACAUUUUAGAUCAGAGUUCUUUCAGUGUUUUACAACAUGCUACACUCCAUGAAUGUUUUGGUUAUUUUAUAUACAUACAACUCACAUACAUGUAGACUUAUAAGUAUUUGUGUUUUCUCCCUCUGUUUUGUAUUGUUUUGAAAUGUAUAUUUCCUUGACGUGAGAUGUAUUUUAAUCUGAGCAAUAGAAUAAAAUGUGUAACAUCAA